AUGGGUAUGUGUAAAAGGUUGUUCGAGCCUAGACCGCAAGCAUCCUUGCGAUCGAGUUUUUACGCUGCAAGUGGGCGCUAUGCCCGCAAACGCCAAGCUCAGACUGGGCGCAGGUCAGGCCCCGCCUGCCAUUUCCAAACAGGACAGUGGCUUUUGAUCCUAAUAGCAAGCCGAAGUACCCGAAGGCUGCCCGACGGCAGAUCAGACAGGGUCUGCGAUCUUCAGCUUCAGCAGCCAAUCAUUAGCUUCAUGCAAAGACAUAUCGGCGAUGCGGCAGAAACUAUCGUGGGCAUGUGUUUGUUUGUCAUUGAGCGUCGGUGCACCCCACGCAUCAAACAAGUUCUAGGCACAAGACUCUAG